AUGCGAAUCAUUCUCUUUCUAUCUCAUUUAAUUUACUGAUGAACAGAAAAUAGAGCAUAGUUAUGGAAGUAGUGAAAGUCUGAAAGAAGAGAAAAGAAGAAGAAGAACCCACAAAGGAAAUGAACAAUCUUGAAUAAAACAAGAUUUGCUUGAAAGUUGCAGGUUAUUUCCUCUCUCUCUCCAUUUAAAAUCGGACCCAAAAGGAUACUUGAAUGUCCCACUACAUCUCAUUGGCCUCUUCUUUUAUUCAUUCUCAUCUUGUUCACUGUUUCUCUCUCUACCUUUACUAAAUUGAACUUAGUGCGGUUCUAAGAAGAAGCUAGGAUUGGGCAAAAAUGACUCAGUUUGAAAAUUUGAAGAAAUUAAAGCGUCUUUAUCUUCUUGAACCCUUACCCAAGAUUCUUGGUCUAUUCUUUCUCUCUUUAUGCAUCAUCUGCUGUUUCUUUUUCUUGGAUUAUCGAGAAGCUAUCUUUAAUGGGCAAGAAGUUUCAAUCCGAUGGGCUGGUUUGAAUGUUUCGUUGUUUAAGAACCAAAGGCCGAGCUUUCUCGAACAGGGCGGAAGUUAUUGCAACGUUUUCGAUGGGAAUUGGGUUUGGGAUGAAAGUUAUCCUUUGUACAAGUCUGAAGAUUGUUCCUUUUUAGAUGUCGGUUUUCGUUGUUCUGAAAAUGGAAGACCUGAUAAUUUCUACACUAAAUGGCGAUGGCAACCCAAUAACUGUAACUUGCCUAGAUUUGAUGCGAAGAACAUGUUGGAAAAGCUUAGGAAUAAACGGCUUGUGUUUGUUGGAGAUUCGAUUGGAAGAAAUCAAUGGGAAUCGAUUCUUUGUAUGCUUGCUUCUGUAAUAACUGAUAAGAGUUCAAUUUAUGAAGUGAAUGGGACACCAAUUACAAAGCACACAGGCUUUUUAAUUUUCAAGUUUCGCGAUUUCAACUGUUCUGUUGAGUAUUACCGGUCCCCGUUUCUUGUCGCUCAGAGCCGGCCUCCUGCCGGAGCUCCGAAACAAGUUAAGGUUACUUUAAGGUUGGAUAAUUUGGAAUGGAAUUCUCACCAAUGGAGAGAUGCAGAUUUUCUUGUUUUCAAUUCUGGUCAUUGGUGGAAUUAUGAGAAGACCAUUAGAGAGGGAUGUUUUUUUCAAGAAGGAGAUGAAGUUAGAUUCGAAAUGAGUGUAGAGACAGCGUUUAAGCGAUCAAUUGAAACGCUUGUUAAAUGGAUAGGCGAUGAAGUUAAUCUCGAUAAGACCCAUGUCUUCUUUCGAAGCUACGCCCCUAUUCAUUUCAGAGGUGGGGAUUGGAGGACUGGUGGAAACUGUCACCUUGAAACGCUGCCUGAUUUCAUUUCACCCCAGGUUCCUCAAAACAUGUCAAGUUACUUGAGGAUUGUGGAUAAAGUGUUAAUGUUAUCUAUUCAAUCGCGGAAGAAGAAACUGUUGGAUUUGUUAAACGUGACUGAUAUGUCAUCGAGGAGAAAAGAUGGUCAUUCAUCUUUGUAUUAUUUGGGUUCGAAGAAGGUCCCUCUUCACCGGCAGGAUUGCAGUCAUUGGUGUCUUCCCGGGGUACCAGAUACAUGGAAUGAACUUCUAUAUGCUCUAUUCUUGAAGAAGGAAUUAAACCAUAAUAAUAAAUUCAGACAUAAAGAUCAUUAAUAGAGUAAUCAAUGCAUAUAAAUGAGAUAUAGAUCAUACUCUAAUUGUACAAUGAGAAUUCAAACACUUGAGAUGUUAUUGAAAAUGAAAUUGUUGGUCUUCAAGAUUGAGUUUUUAUUCUGCAUUUGUUUGUAUUCUUUACUAAUCAUCAAAUGGGUAUUGUUCAUACCUCAUGGUGCAAUCAACAAGAACAGCUCGAGCUCCGAUCCGGGUGACACAAGUGGUGAACAUGGCGGAAUUAGCUGCCCGGAGACAAUUUGUGCAGUCGGAGGCUGUGAGGUUGUUUGUACAGGCGGCGUGGCCGUAAGCGAAGGCGUUUGGAUAAGGUGAGAUAUUGUGGAAAUCUUUUUGAGGAUGGGAAGGUGUAAGGGAUUGGAGUUCUGAUAGGAUGUAGUUUAGGCUGAUGGAAAAAGGGUCGCCGGCGGUGAAGACGCCGGAGUUGCAGAGGACUGUUGCGAUUUUGGUGUUGGGUGUACUAAUUGUUGCUGUUAAAUGUCCGAUUAGUAUAAUCAGGAGAAUUUGUUUCGUUUUUUCGAGAAAACCCAUUUCUUUCUCUCUCUUGAUGAGUCUGUUCGGAGUCGACUGUCUUGAAUUCUUGAUACAGUUUCACACCAUUGACUCCAUCGACGAUGAAGAAGCAAGUUUGUCGUUUUAUAUAUAUAUAUUAUAUUUUAUUUUAUUUUCACUA